GCUGCGCCAAACUGCCCCUGUCUGGCGGGAGGAUGCCCCCUCCUUGCGUGGGGACAAGCCUAUUUUGAGGAAGUUUGAAGCUCGCUUCUUGGAGAACCUGGCUGCGGCCCAGAAAGAAAAGAUCUCUUCCAUGGCCAAGGGACGGCUUGAUGUCCUCGGCGACGCUGUGCUGGAGCAUCCCACCCAUCUCGCAUGGGACAGGGACAGCGGCACCACUGAGCCCGGGAUGGAGCCCCCCAACAGAAGGUCACGCCUGGCUCGGCUGGACGCCACCGACUCCUGCAGCACCAUCUCCUCUGACACCAAGUUCAUGCUGGACAUGCUCUACGCCAAAGGCUCCUCAGAGCUGGCGAGGGAAAAGGUCUUCCCUGAGGUCCCAUUGUCCCCUCCGGUCCAGAGUGAGGUGAAGAUGGACACCGAGGGAGGUGGCAGCAGGGAGCAGGAGGGCGCCUGGCUCUGUGGCAGGGCUCCCGAUGGGCCGGUGGCCAGCGCCCACGCCAAGCUGGCACGUGCCAUGUCCAGCAUAGAUGCUGAGACCCACACGCAGAAGCUGGAGAACACGGGGAUGAUGCCCAUCAAGAAGGACGUGGAGCUGACGUGGGAGCGGCUGGAGGCCAGCCCCGUGCAGCUGAAGAUCAAGGACCUGGACUUCACUGAUCUGGGGGAAGAAGAAGACUUUGAUGUCCUGGACAUGGGGCCCAUGGCCAAUGGCUCCUUCCUUCCCCCUGACAUCAAAGCAACGAGCGCUGGGGCUCUCAUGGUUCCCCCCGUGGCAACAGAUGGCCCCUCCCAGGCCAAGAAGAAGAGGACAGUGAAGCUCUUCUGGAAGGAGCUGAAGCAGCUGGAUGGCACUGUGGGGCCGGGCAGGUUCGGCCAGGGGACACUGUGGGCAUCCCUGCAGAACGUUGAGGUCAAUGCAGCCAAACUGGAGCAUCUCUUUGAGUCAAGGUCAAAGGAAGUGCCAACUUCAAAGAAGGCCAUCGACGGGAAGAAGGUGGUGGUGGUGCUGGACCCCAAGAGGAGCAACGCCAUCAACAUUGGCCUCACGGUGCUGCCGCCCAUGCACAUCAUCAAGACGGCCGUGCUCAACUUUGAUGAGUUUGCAGUCAAUAAGGAGGGGAUUGAGAAAAUCCUGACCAUGGUCCCGACCGAGGAGGAGAAGCAGAAGAUCCAGGAGGCCCAGUUGGCCAACCCAGACGUGCCCUUGGGCUCUGCGGAGCAGUUCCUGCUUGCCCUGUCUUCCAUCAGCGACCUCACGGCCAGGCUCCAGCUCUGGGCCUUCAAGCUGGACUACGAGAGCCUGGAGCAGGAGAUUGCAGAGCCGCUCUUUGAUCUGAAGGUGGGCAUGGAGCAGCUGGCCAAAAAUCACACCUUCAAGUGCAUCCUGGCCACGCUGCUGGCCAUGGGCAACUUCUUGAACGGCUCCCAGAGCAGAGGCUUUGAGCUGGGCUACCUGGAGAAGGUCUCGGAAGUGAAGGACACAGUGCACCGGCAGUCCCUGCUCCACCAUCUCUGCCAGAUGGUGGUAGAGAAGUUCCCAGAAACCACUGACCUCUACUCGGAGAUUGCCUCCAUCACCCGCUCCGCCAAGCACGGGCCCAAGCCAGUGCUGAAGAGCAAGCUGACGGACUUCCUCAAAGACAGCACCCAGCGCAUCGUCGUCCUCAAGGUGGUGCACAGGCGCGUCCUCAACAGGUUUCACUCCUUCCUGCUGUACCUGGGGUACCCGGCGAGCGUGGCGCGGGACGUGAAGGUGACGCAGGAGUUUGCCCUUGAAUCCCGCCCCUGCCGGGAGCGCGUCCUGCAGCAGCAGAAGAAACGGGCCACCCACCGCGAGCGCAACAAGACCCGGGGAAGGCUCAUCACCGAGACCGAGAAGUUCUCCGGCAUCGCCGAGGCUGCUUCGCCACCUGCCGUGUUGUCCAGCGGCCCUGAGGAGCAGAUGGAAGUGGGGCAUGAGAGCAUGAAGAUCUUGCUGAACUCCCCCACUGAUGUCCCUGCCCGCCGUAGCCGGGCCAGCCGGGGGACAGGGCACGUCAGCCCAGCCCAGGGUUCUCCAGCCCAGGAGGAUGUUCCCAGCUCCCCAGAUGAUGCUUCGGAUGAAAUCAUGGACCGGCUGGUGAAAUCGGUGACUCACAACGCCAACCCCCGGCCCUGCCCCAACAAGGAGCGCAGGAGGUCCCGCGGCAAUAGGAAGUCCUUGAGGAGGACGCUGAAGAGCGGGCUCAGCGAUGACCUGGUGCAAGCGCUGGGCUUGGGACGGGCUCCUGGCAUGGAGGUUUGA